GUCUAGCGUUACCGAAAACAUCAAUACAUCAUUACUGUAACCAUGGGUUCCUCCACUCAUUGGACCCGAGAGCCAAUCUGCAUCGACCAAACGCUCUUACUCAUCGACAGGCCCGGACUGACGUCCGGAAUGAAAAUACUUACUUCCAGCCCUACGUUUAUAAUGAAGUGAUGUGUAAAUUGGUUGAGGAUUAUAUUUCCUCCCAUUUGUGAACGAUUUUCGAACAUUGAGAAAUACCUCUAUUUUCCGAAGUAACUCGAGAUAAAUCUUGAAUAAUGUCUUCUAUCAAGGAUACUAUCAAGUCGGUAACUGGCCAGGGUUCAGACUCUCAAUUCGCCAAGGGUCACGAAGCACCAGUCUCCUUCCAAAAGUCCGUCCCAGGCAAACAACAUGAUAUGCCCGGCCCUGAUCCCGUCAACGACCAACUCCCAACAGACGAAGGUGGCUAUCAACUUUACAAAGCAGCCGGCAAACUCGCAGGAAAGAAGACCUUGAUCACAGGAGGUGAUAGCGGUAUCGGCCGAGCAAUAGCCAUUCUCUAUGCCAUGGAAGGUGCCGAAUCUACCAUCGUUUACAUUCCCGAAGAACAAAGAGAUGCAGAGAAAACUCAAGAACUUGUUCGCGAGAAAGGUGGAAAGGUCACAUUGAUAUCAGCAGAUCUGAGGAAUCAACAAGCUUGCAAAAAUACUGUCGAGAAAGCUAUUGAGGCCAUGGGCCGGAUCAACAUCCUCGUUCUGAACCACGGAACCCAGAUGAUGCAAGAAACUAUCGCUGAUCUUUCUGAGGAGCAAUGGCUCAACACCUUCGCCGUCAAUAUCCACCCCUUCUUCUUCCUCUCCAAGUACACCCUGCCUCAAAUGUCUCGUGGAGACACAAUCAUCACUUGUGCGUCAGUCAACCCAUAUAUCGGCCGUCCCGAUCUGUUAGACUACACCUCCACCAAAGGCGCAAUCGUGGCCUUUACCCGCGGUCUUUCAAACCAAAACGUCGACAAGGGAAUCAGAGUCAACGCUGUCUGUCCCGGCCCCGUCUGGACACCAUUGAUCCCAGCAACCAUGAACGAGAAAGCUCAGAAGGAGUUUACAAGUCCAAUGGGAAGACCGGGACAGCCGAGCGAGAUCGCGACAUGUUUUGUGUUCUUGGCUAGUCCCGAUAGUAGUUUCAUCUCCGGGCAGAGUCUGCAUCCUAAUGGUGGUGUUAUUGUAGGAUCUUAGGUGGGAUGAUCUGGGAAGUGGGUGAGAAAAGGGGCAAUAGUCGCUUAAGCGAGGCAAUAGAGCAGGAUUUACACUAUUUUGAAUUCAUC